AUGAAUAUAGGCAGCAGUAGGCCUCAAUCAAGAAACAUGAUGUCUCGAAGGUCACCGAGCAUUUUAGUUACGGACUCUCGUUCCACAAAGAAGAGGCCUAGUGCACCAUUUGCGGGGAAUGCAAAUACACGAAGAGAUAAAGUUGGGAAUAUAUUCCCAACUGUAAUAGAGAAUCACUCAGGUAAGAGAAUAGCAUCAUUGAGCGGCAGGGAUUACAUACCUAAACAUUCUACAAGAAGGGCAAGACAGGGUAAAUUCAGCGAUGUGUCUAUGGAUAGCAUUUUAUCUGAGAUGUCAGAUGUGCCUUCAGGAAGGCGGGAAGAAAGAUUAUCAUCUUCCUCAUAUGAUUCUUAUGAUAGAUUGCGUCCGCUCCAAUAUAACAAAAUGAUUAAUCCGUUGCCUUCGAGAACAUCUAAAACUUCAGAAAAAUUUGUGUUAAUCCCAGAAGAAGGUAGUAAGAAGUUUGCACAAGGCUUUAAUAAACGGUCCAUUUAUAAUGCGGAUUCCGAUGGGAUAUUUAAAGAAGCCAGAUCACAUGGUCUUCCUAGCCUUAUGGCUUAUAAUGUAGCUGAAGGGUUUAAUCUAAAAUUGGCAUCUAAGUUUCUUAAGGAAACACAUGAUGUAUCACCUAGAAGGUAUGAUGAAUGUUUAUAUGUUCCUUACUGCUUGCCGUUAUUGCCAGGUAAAAAUGGCUUUAGACUUAGGUCAAAUAUAUCCAAGCAAACUAUUGGAGGCAAAACUUUAAUGGACCGACUAAUUGACACCAGUGAACAACGUGAUCACCAUUAUGAGUACUAUUCUGGUGUAGAAACAGUGGAAGAUAUGCGUAAUAACUUUGAAAUUAGCGAAAUUAGUAAUUCUAGAGAUGCAGAGGGGCUCAGAAGCCCCGAUCAUUUAUCAGGUAUAUCAAAUAGUGAAGCGUUUAACCCAGGUGAGCCGCAAUAUUUUGCUGAGGAAAUGUCUAUGGAAGCGAAUAGUGAUAGUAGUAGUGAACUUGCAUUGGGAAAUAAGAUCUUUAAAUCGAAGCCAGCUGAUCAGCAUCAUCAACAACAACAGCAACAGCAACAGCAACAGCAACAGCAACAGCAACAACAGCAACAUGCAGAAAUUUUUAUAUUCAAUUAUGGCGUUGUCGUAUUCUGGAAUUUCACCGAAAUACAAGAAAAGAAUAUCUUGGGGGAUAUAGCAUUUUCUGAUAUGAAAAACAUGGUCAUUCGACCCUUGGAUGAACAGGACAUUGAAAUCGAGCAGUUUCACUUUGAAUACGAUAUGGAGACUGAAAGGCCUCGCAUUUUUAAUGAUAUCAUUACAUUGCGAUCUGGAGAUCACAUUAUAAAGCUUACGUUAUCACAUGCUAUUGCUCAAUCGACAAAACUAUCUAGAUUUGAAAAACGAAUAUCGCCAAUACUUGGUACAGUCUCAAAAUUGCCCAAAAGAUUGGCUCUUUAUGGUACACUUGGGUUAAAGAGAGAACAAUUAUUGAAAAAAUCUGGGAAAUUGUUUAAAUUGAGGGUUGAUGUUAAUUUAUCUUCUAGUGUAUUAGACACUCCAGAGUUCUUUUGGUCUUUCGAACCGAGCUUACAUCCAUUAUAUACUGCCAUGAGAGAAUACUUAGAAAUCGAUACUAGGGUACAGGUGUUAAAUGAGCGCUGUAAAGUGUUUUUGGAAUUCUUUGAUAUUUGUGUGAACUCCAUUGCCGAAAGAGAUAUGGCUAGAAUUACAUGGUGGUUGGUCACUGUGAUCUUCCUUAGCGUCUUGGUUUCGAUUGCUGAAAUUCUUGUUCGAUAUUUUAUUAUCAGAAGACAUUGA